UUUUGAAUUGAAUUACUGGUCCAGAAAAUUCUUUAUUACAAAGAUUUAGGGAAUAGUUGAUUAAUUAAUCCUACUUUAAAUCUAAGAUAUUGGGACUGUGCUGCAUAAACACUGUAUUAAAAGAUGGAAAAACACCAAUAUAUUGUUCAAGGUCAAUUUAAAGAAAAGCAUUUUCACAAAAAGGAGAAGAUGAGGCUAAAUCUAGAGCUAUGGAGAAUGUAAAAGACCUCUACAAAAUGAUAGAAUGGAAUUAAAAAAAUGGAAUUCAAGUUCUAAGAGUUAGCAGCGAAAUGUUCCCAAGGGCAACUGAUGAAAAAUGUGGAUAUACUAUUGAAUUUGCUAAGGAAGAGCUCAAAAAAGCUGGUGAUUUAGCCAAAAAAUAUAAACAUAGACUCACUUUUCAUCCUGGCUAAUUUAAUGUGAUUGGUACGCCAAAUGAAAAAGCUUUUGAAGCUACAAUAAAAGAGCUUUCUUUGCAUGCAGAGAUAUAUAAAUAUCUAGGGUUUGAAGAAGAAAAAGACAGUGUGAUUGUUAUUCAUGGAGGUGGGCUCUAUGGAGAUAAGGAUGAAACCAUUUAAAGAUGGGUUAUCAAUUUUGGGAGAUUACCAAAAAUUGUUUAAUAAAAGUUGGUAUUAGAAAAUUGUGAGAAAUGCUAUUCUAUCAGAGACUGUUUAGAAAUAUCUUAUAAAAUUGAAGAAAAGUAUGGAUUUGCUUUACCAGUUGUUGUAGAUUCCCAUCAUUAUCAGUGCUAUAAUUAUUAUCAUAAAGAAGCCAAGUAGGAGUCUUUGGAAUAAUUAGUAGAAGAAGCAAGCAAAACAUGGAAAAAGAGAGGCAUUCGUAUGAAAUGUCAUGUAUCAGAGUAAGGUUCUGGUCAAGUAGGACACCAUUCAGAUUAUAUUUCAGAACUCCCUUAGGAAUUUUUAAGUGUGCCUGAAAAACUAGGAAUGGAGCUAGAUAUAUUAAUUGAAGCUAAAAUGAAGGAACAAGCUAUAUUUUUUUUGUAUGAGAUUUAUCCGUUUUUAGAUUUAAGAAGCAAAGAGGCUAAGAAAAAUUGGGAAUCAUUCAGCUACAAAGGAGUUUCUUAAAGUGAACUAAAAAAAGAAUUAAGCUCAAGAUGGAAAAGCUAAGGAAGUAAAAAGAAAGAAAAGACUAAAUUAAAAAGUGACUGUUGUGAUGAUGAUACUGAUGGAUCAGAAGAGGAGAACAAUGAAGAACAAAAAGAAGAAUCUGAAAAGUAAAAUAAAAAAAAGACUACAAAAUAAUAAAUUAAAAAUCAAAAAAACGUAAAAUAAAACAAAGACACUUAGGAUUUAGAGGUGAAAAUUAUCGAAAAACAGAAUAAAUCUGAUUAAGUAGAAAAAAAUAAAAAGAAACAGUAGAGUGAUGUAGAUUUAUUACCUAGUGAAAAAAUUGUGAGAAGGCUAAGAAGUGGAAACAAAUAUACACAAGUCUUGGAUAAGACUAAUACAGAUAAUGAAGACAAGCUGGCAAAUCAAACUUUGAAUUAAAAAAGUGAUGAUGAGCUUUAGGUGUACAACUUCGAUAGGAAAAAAAAUAAAAAUCUUCUUAAGAAAGCCUUCUGAGGCAAAUUAAUUAAUGUUGAUUGUGGGUUAUAUUUAGAUUUAAUAAUCCUAUAUAUAGUUUUAUUAAUUUAUGAACACACGAUAAUUGUAAAAGACUUAUUUAUUAUUCUUAACUUAAUUGACACUUACUUACUUAAGCAAUAUUUGGGUGGGCUGAGAAAAAAGAGGGCCAUUCCCAUUUUUUUAUUUUUAUUGUAAAUCUUGAACAAAUAAAUACAUUCAUUUUUGAAUGUUAUGAAGAGCAUAAAAGGCAA